AUGCUCCCUCAACAAAAAAGCACUGUAGAGGCUCAGCCUAAUAUGUUUGAAAAUGAAUAUAAAUAACCUUUGGCAUAAUGUUUGGAAUAGAAGAUGAACAUUAUAUUAAUGGCUACAGAAAUCGAGAGAUUACAUAAAAUACUUUUAUCUAAGAAGGAUUAUUAUGAAAAAAAGAUUUAAGAUUUAAUUGAUAGAGGUACAUAAUCAUAAUAAUGAAUUAGAGCUCCAAAACAAAGAAUAAAUUACCAAUUAAGCAUAAACUAUUACUGACUUAAAUUAGUAAAUUUUAUAGAAGAAUGCUCUCAUUACUUAAAUUUUAUAAGAAAAGUAAUUUACAACUUUAAUAUUUAGGUCUUAAUAGGAAAUGAAUCUGUUAAUAAGUUAACAAUUAUUCGUUAUCAAUGAAAAAUACAAAAAUGCUGAAAUUUACAUUCAGGAAUUACAAAAGGAAAAUUAGCUAUUAAAAUAGUAAUUUGAAGAUGCCCCUUCUUUGAGAUUAAAGCUUUACAACUUAGAAUAGUGGUAUGCAAAAUUAAUUCAAGAGAAAAAUGAAGAAAUUCAAUUAUUGAAAUCACAAUAACCCUAAGUUAUUUAACAUGCUCCUUAGCUAACUAUAAUCAAUUAGCUUUUAGAAUAGAAGGAGAGAGAAUUAUUGUAAUGGUAAUAUAGUUCAUAAUAAGUAAAUAUAUACCAUGAGAAUUAAAAAUUAACUUCAGAACUUAAAUUUUUAAACGAUAAAUUAAAUAUGCUAUUAUUUGAUAAUGAACAUUUAAAAAAGAGAUUAGCUGAUAUUCAAUCUUAACCAUCAAACUAGACUACUUAACCAUAAUUUGCAAAUCUUAAAGGAGAUUCUUAAUGUACAGCUCCUAUAUUAUAUGAUUACCAGAGUACAAAAACGCCUAGAAGAUAUAAAUAAUAAUCCAUUAUUCCAACAGAUUACACUAAUACAUCUUUAUUAAGUUAUAGAAUAUUAAGAAGACCAUAAUCUGUUGGAUCAGGAAGUUCAAUCCACUUCUUAGGACAAGUACCAUAAAUUGGUUAUCCUUAGUUCUAACAAUCUCCAAGAUAUUCUAGGAAAUCAUUUUAGAAUCAUUCUUUUCAAUUCAACGAAAUUUUAAGAUAAAUUUAAAUUAUUUAAAAUCAACCAAUUCUUACUGUGUAAAACAUUGAAACUUAAAUUUAAUAAUUGAAUAAUUUGUUAUAAAUCAAAAGAUAAGAAUUACCUUCUCAAAUAACUCCUCCCAAAUAAAUUUAUUAAAUCAUGAAAACCUAAGGUAAUGAAAGAACGAUAAGUUAACCUUAUUCACCUCCUAACUAAAUCCAUAAUUAACCAAUCAAUAUUUUAUAAUAAAAUGUCCAUGCAAAUCAAAAAUAAAUGAUUCCUUAAUCUGUUAGAAUAUUCUCUAAAAAUUAACUAAAAUUACCCAAUAAUAUUGUUAAAUAUAGAUCAUUUUCUGCUGAAACUAAAAGAGAGUUCUCACCUAACAACAUUUAAUAUUAAUAAUAGCUAAUCCCAUAAACUUCAUUAUUCCUAAAUUAAUUAUAACCAGUCUAACAAAUUUAAUCUAAAUAUUCCCCUGUUUAGAAUGUGCAUCCAUUAUAGUAUACUAUCCCAAAGUAAGUUUAGAGAAGUGUCUCUCCACCAACUAUUUAAUACAUUCAAUAUUCAACGUAUAAUAUUAUUUAAUAUUUAUCAGAUUGUCACCUUAAGCACCUCAAACUGUCAGAUAUUAAGAUGUAAAAUAAUAUCAUUCAGUACAUACAUAACCAAUUUAAUAAUAUUAAGAUCCAUAAUAUUAUUAAUAUGUAUAAUAAUAAGUAAUGCCAGUAAAUUAUAUUCAAAUUUAACAGUCAUAAUAAUAAUACCCUACCCAAUCAUUAAAUCCAAGUGAUUAAAAUAAAUCUCCUAUUAAUGUUUUAGCUUAUCCUUAUGAUUACUCUCCCUAAAAUCCAGAAGAUCUUAGUAAGCAACCAUAAUAACCACAGUAAUAAAACUUUAAUGGAUUAUUCAUGACUCCUAAUAGUAUAAGAAAACAUGCCAUAUCUAGUAGUAAUUCUUCGUUGCCUUAUUCUUAAGUCAAAAACCUUAUUAAAAGAGAAAUAUAAGAUCCUUAAAGCUUACGUAAAUCAAGAGAAUCAAAACAUCAGAGCAAUCAAUCUUUACCAGUUUAAAUAUUAUAGCCAUCUGCUAUUGAUAAUAGUUCCUAAGUUGAACCUUUUUAAUUAUGUAGUGGUCAGUAAGAACCUGAUGAAUAAUUUAAAGAACCUUUAAAACCAGAAGAUAUUCCAAAAUCUCCAUAAACUUAAAAUCCUGCUUAAUUAACCAAACCUUCUGAUCAAACUAAAAACCCCCAAAAUCCAGAAAAUUUAUAUAAACAAUCAUAAAAACCAUAUAUUGUUUUAAAUAAGACUUAAAAUCCAAAUUCUGCAAGUAAAGUUACUUAGAAUCCUUAAUAAAACAAACAAUCCAUUCCAGAAAACUAAAAGAAACUAACAUAAUAACCUGAAAAUCAGAGAAAAAGCUAACCAGCUAGUGUUAGAAGUGUUUAAGAUCUAAAAUCCAUAAAUCAGCAUUAAGAUUCAGAAGAACUAUAUAAAUAGAAUUAAGAAUUAGAUAGAUUAAAGAAUCUUUUAGAAUAAAGUAAAUAAGAAAAUGAAAAACUUAAAGAACUAUACUAACAUAAUGAUUUAAAUUGGCAAAAAUAAUUCUAAUAAAAAUAUACUGCUGCUUUAUAGUAACUGCAACUCUUUGAAAGUUAAUUAUCCAUUUAAAACAGAGAAUAUCAUUAGAAUAUUGAAAAAUAAAAAUAAAGUUACAAUUAAUUACAAUAAAAAUUUGAUGAAUUAAAGAUAUUAUUUGAUAAGUAAAAAAUCGAAAUUAAUUAAUUAAAAUAAAAUUAGGAUGAUAAAACUAAAAAAGCUGUUCAAAAUGAAAACCAAAAAGAUGAUUUAUAAAAAUAACUUAUUGAUCUCUAGAAAUAAUUUGCUGAUUUACAAACUAAACUCAAAAACUAAAAGGAUACCUAAGUCUAAUAUUAAAGCAAAAUAUCAUAAUAAAGUGAAAAUUUAUCUAAUUAUGAAAAAUAAGUGCAAUUAUAAAACUAAAAGUACAAUGAAUUGAAUACAGAAUACAUUCAACUUAAAUAAAAGUUUGAUUCAUUUUAAAAAGAAACUUCUUAAUCAAAAUCAGUACAAUCUAAAGAAAUCAAUUAAUAUUAAUAAUAGAUCACAUAACUACAAUAGUAAAUUAAUGAAUCUACUAAGUAACUAAAAGAUAAAGUUAAUUCCCUUUAAUCUUAACUAUUAUUAGAGCAAGAAUAGCAUUUAAUACUUAAGAAAUAAAACGAAAGUUUACAAAAAGAUUUUAAUAUUUAAAAAACUUAAAAUGUUGAAAUUUAAAAUCAAGUCAAUACUUUAAGGUUGCAAUUAAUUGAAAAAGAAUAACAACUCAAAGAAGUAUAGACAAUAAUUGUAACAAAAACUUAAUUAAUAUAAUCAUUAGAAAGUAAGGUGAAAGAGGUUUAAGCUUAAAAUGUAACAACCUCUUAAUAAGUUUAAUCAUUAAAUUAAAUUUAAGUUGAAAAUCUGAAAAAAUAAUUAUAAUCAGAAUAGUCGAGAAUUAAUGAAUUAAAUGAGUAGAUUUCUAAGCUUUAAUAAAAGAUUUAUACUUUAGAAUAAUAAUUGCAAGCAGAAAAAUAAAUUAAUAUCAAAAUGUCCAAGGAAAUUUAAAAUACUACAAUUGUUAUCUAAAAUGAUCACUAACAAUAAAUUCAAUUACUCAAAAAGGAAAAUUAAGAAUUAUAAUAGAAAUUAAAGUAAGGUGAGGUAAUAUUAUAAAAGGAAAGAGAAAAUUACAAUUAAUAUUAACAAUAAAGUAUGAACAUUUAAAAUAAAUAUUAAAUGCUUUCCUAAAAAUCUUCAUAAGAAUAUGAUGAAUAAAUAAGGAAUCUUAAACUUUAAAUUGAAUAAUUAAAAUCAUAGAAUGAAGAUCUUUCUAAUUAGAUUAUAACGGUUAAAUCUAAUUAUGAAAUAUAAAUGUCGACAAUGAAUACUAUGACAUCUUCAAAACUUAUUAAUUUAGAAAAACAAUUAGUUUUAGAGAAAGAGUAAAAAGAAAAUUCAUCUAUGAGAAUUCUCUAACUUGAAUAAUAAGUAGCUGAUUUUUAAAAGAUUAUUAAGUAAGAUUAAACUGAGGAAUUAAAAAAUAAAAUAAUUUAACUUGAAGGAUUAAUUUUAAAACUCUAAAAAGAAAGAGAUUUAAUUCAAUCUAGUAAAUAAAGAGGGGAUGAAGAAAUAAAAAUACUGAAUGUUCGAAUUAGUGAAUUAUCUAAUUUAAAUGAUCAAAAUUAAUAAGAAAUCAUGACUUGGAGAUCUAAAUAAAAUGGUCAAAAUGAAUUAGCUUCUCAUAUGACGACAUUAAAUUAAUAAAUUAAUAUUUUAAAAUAAGAAAAAUAGUCUUAAAUUAAUGAAAUGGAAAUUAUGAGAAAAAGAUCUGAAAUGAAUGUAUAAGACCAUGAAUUAUAAUUGAAUGAAUUAAAAAGUUCUUUCAAUAAAGAUCUUGACAAUUAAAAAGCCUUAAAUAGAAAAUUAUAGGAGGAUCUUCUUAAUUCUCAAAAUUUAUUAUAAUUAGAAAAGAGAGAAAAAGAAUUUGCUUAAAGAAGUAAGACUUAAGCAGAUGACAUAAAUAUAUAACUGAAUUAAGAAAAACACAUGCUACAAGAAGAAUUAAAUAAAUAAAAGAAUUAAAUAGAGUAAUUAUAAUAACAAAUUAAUGAAUAACGAUUGAAAUAUAAAAAUAGCAAUGAUGAACAAAAUCUUCUAAUGUAGUAAUAAAUUAUUAGCUACAAUAAUCAAAUUGAUAAUUUAAAUAAUAAUAAUUAAAAAUUAAAUAAAGAAAUUGAAAGAUUGAAUUUAUAAAUACAACAAUUGAAUAUUUCAAGGACAGAUUUAGAAAGUUAAAAUUUCCUUUUAAAAUAAUAGAUUUAAUAAAUUACAUUAUAAAAUCAAGCUAUUUAGUAAGAAAGAGAUAUGGAUACUAUAGAAUUAAGAUCAGUUGCUAAUAAUUCUGAGGAUUAAAUCUAAGAUUUGACAUUGAAAUUAGAAAGUUAAAUUAAAGAGACUGAAAAAUAUUAAAGAGAUGCUUUUAAUAAUGAUCAAUUAGCUUAAUAACUUUAAAAGAAAUUAUCUGAGGUAAACCUACAAAAUUAAAAAAUAAAACAAUAAUAUGAAAUAUAAAUAGAAGAACUAGUCAAAUAAAUUAAUUAAAAAGAAAGGCUAGAAUUAUAAACAUAACAAAAAGUUCAAGUAUUUCCUUAAAUCUAAAAUACUCAUUUAAUUUAAGAAAAUGAAGAGUUACUAAUGAAAAUUGGUCAAUAUGAAUAAAUGAUAAAGUAAUUAUAAGAAGAAUAUUAUAAAUAAUAAAGUGAACUUCAAAAAAUAACUAAGGAAUAUCACAAUGUAAUAAAUUAAUCUGAAAAAACAGUAGUAACAAUUACUUAAUAUCAAUAAUAAUAAGAUAAUAUGAAAAGAAAAGAAGAUCUAAUCAAAUAAUUAUAAUAAUAGGUUUAAGAUUAAUCUAAGAAAUUUGAAUCUGAAAGAAAUAGAUAUUAGGAUGAAAUUAAUAGAUUAACCAUUAAAAAUUAAGAAUUAUCUAAUUUAUUGCAAAAUAAUCUUAAUAAAUAAAUAAUUGAAGAAAAUUUCAAUCUGAAAAAUUAAAUACAAUUAUUACAAUAAGAAUUAAAAAAUACACCAAUUAAGGAAACAAUUAUCUAUUAAUCUGCCUCUCCUUCAAGAAGAAAUGAUGAUGAAAUUGCUAAAUAUAAAUAAUAAGCGAAUUAAUAAUAGUUAAGAAUGAAUUAAAUGGCAAGUGAUUAUAAUUUAUUAGAGUAAUAAACAGAAUUAGAAAAAAACUAAUUAGAAAAACAAAUUAAAUGCUUAUAAGGUGAUUAAUAAAAACUUUAGAAUGAAAAUAGCCAAUAAUAACGAUAGAUUGAAUCUUUGUAGAGAUAGAUACAGCAAUUAUAAAUGAAUCGUCAAAAUGAUAUGCUUUAGGAGUUAGAAUUUGAAUUGAAAAAACUAAAAUCAUAAUUUGAGAUAACCUAAUUAUAAUAUAAGUAGGUUUAAGAAGAAUUAACCUCUGCUAAAUCUCAAGUUUUCUAGUAUAUAGAAGACUUAACAGAUGAAUAAAAUAAAAAUAAUGAAUUAUAGCUUAAAAUCAUUUAAUAGGAACAACUUUUAACUGAUCUGAAAAAAAAAUAAAAUAAUUCUGAAACCUCAAUCAUUAAAGAAACAACUAUAAUAAAGGAAUAAUAAUAGGACCCAUUAUUAUUGUAGAAAGUUGAACAAUUAAAUGAAGAUAAUUAUUCUCUUAGAAAGUAAUUAUAAAGUUUAGAAGAUGAUUAUAUUUAACAGUUAAGACUCUAAUAAUUGUAAAUUUAAGAUCUAAAUAAUAAAAUAAAAGAAUUACUAUAAGAAAGUAGUAAUAAAACUACUAUUAUUGAAGAAACUGUAUAUAAUAGCAUAUCAAAUGAUCAAUCUGCUGAAAUUAGAAAAUUAAAAGAUGAAAAACUAUUUUUAUAAUAAGAAUUGCAAAAGUAGUAAUAGUAAUACAUAAAAUAAAUUCAAUAGUAGGUUGAUGACUAUGAAUUUAGAAUAUAAUAAUAUUAAUAAACCAUUUAAUAGUUGAAAGAAUCCAAAUAGAUUCAGACAAAUAAUGAUUAAAAUCUCUUAAAGGAAAACUAAUUGCUAGCCGAUUAAGUCAAGCAUUUAUAAAAUGAAUUAGCAAUAUCUAGAAGUUAAUUAUAAGAUUAAUUUUAAUCUAUUAGUUAAAAUUCAGUUGAGGCAAAUAAAGUUAAGUCAUUGUAAAAAGAAAAUGAAGAAUUAAUUUAGUAAGUAGAAAGAUCUAAUUAAAUUCAAGAAAAUAAUCAUUAAAAUCUUUUAAAAGAAAACUAGUUAUUAAAUGAUCAAAUUUAGCAUUUGAAAGAUGAACUUAAAAUUUCUAGAACACAAUAUCAAGAUUAAUUAUUGUCUAUUAGUUAAAAUUCAGUUGAGGCAAAUAAAGUUAAGUCAUUAUCAAAAAUUAAUGAUGAAUUACUUCAAUAAAAUGAAAAAUAAAAACAAGUUAUUAUAUUAUUGGAAUAAAAAUUAUCAAAUAUCUAAAUAAACAUCGAUGAAAAAGAAAAGGAAUUAUAAAAUCUAAAAUCUAACAAUCAAAGUUUAAAUCGUCAGAUAACAGAAGCAUCUAAAUUGAAUUAAACUGUAAAUCAAGUUAACAAAGAUAGCGAAUAUUUGAAUCAUCUCAAAUAAUCUGAUGAUCUUUUAAAUUAGUAAAUUAAUUAACAGAAAGAGGAAAAAGAUAGUCUUAAAAAAAUAAUAUAAGAUUAUGACAAAGAAAUUAACCGUCUUAAUCAAAUAAUUAAGAGUUUAGAACAUUAAAUUUCUGAGAAAAAUCAAUAAAACUCAGAAUUAUUAUAGAAAUUAAAAGAUUAAGGUUAAAUUUCAGUUUAGCUUAAAGAAAAUUUCACUAAAUCUUCUGCAGAUUCUGGAAAACUUGAAUAAUCAUUAAUUAAUAAAUAAAAUGAAAUCUAAUAAUUAGAGAGUGAAAAUAAGAAAUUGAAUAGUAAACUUUUAGAUAAUUAAAAUUUAAUUAGAAAGUUAUAAUAAGAAUUAAUGACUUAUGGAAAUGAGAAAUAAAAGUUAUAAUUCUAAUAUCAAUAAGAAGUGUUAAAUCUUUAGAAUUAAUUAAAGAGAAUGUAAUCACAAAACUAAAAUCAGGAAGAUAUAAAAAAGAAAGAAUUAGAAUUGAUUGCAUAGAGAAAUGAAAUUAAUUAAACAAACGAAACUUUUAAUUCUCCAAAAGUGAAAAAUACUAGCAAAAGUCAAAAUAAACCUAAUGUGUCUUUCAAUUCAUCAGAAGAAUCAAAAGGAAAAUAUUAUAAUUGUUCACUUUAUACUAUGAAUAAAAAUGGAUCCAAUUAUUAUACUCCACUAAGAUAAGUAAAAUCAAAAGGAGACUUAUUGAAUUCUCAUGAGAAGAGUUAAAUAACUUCAGAUGAAGAUUUAAGAAAAUAAAUUAGUCUUUGGCAAUAAAAAUAUGAAGAAUUAUUAAGAGAUAGAUAUUCAAAACCUUAUAUGGUAAAUCCUUAAUAAAAUAGAUCAAUUUAAGAAUUUAUUGCUAUUGAUGAAAAAGUGAAUUGGAAAUCUAAAUAUGACGAAUUAAAAGUUUAAAUUUAAAAUUCAAGUUAAAAUUAAAAUGAAAAUGAAAAAAUAAUUGAAUAAUUAAGAUAAAAAAAUGAGUUACUUGGUUCUUAAUUAUACUAAAUUGAAACGGAUUAUCAAUAAUUAAAAAGUGAAAUAACUAUUUAUUAAAAGAAGUAAGUCAGCGAUGCAACUUAAGCUAAUUUAAAUUUAUAAAGAACUAUUGAUUAAUAGAAUUAAAAAAUUAUUAAUUAGUAAAAUGAAAUAGAUUAAUUGAAGUUAAAACUAAAACAAAUAAUAGAAAAUAAGAAUAAUUAAGAGAAAAAAUCUAAUUAUCAAUAAAAUGAAUACAUAAAACAAUUAGAAGCUGAAAACUUUGAUUAUUCACAAGAAAUAUAAUCUUUACAGAUUGAAAUUAAAAGAUUAUAAGAAAACAGAAAUAUGAUGAAAUACUAAAUGAACGAUUAAGAAAUUAAUUUAUAAUCUGGGCAAAAUUAAAAUUAAAUGGAUUCAAAAUAAUACUAAUAGUAGAUUGAGACGCUACAAAAUGAAGUCAACAUUUAAUAGAAUUAGAUAUUCUAAUUAUAAAAUUAAUUAAAAUAAGCAAAAGUUAAAGAAAUUGAAUUGGAAUAAAAGUAUAAAUAUGCAACUGAAGAUUUAGAGCAUGUUUAAAAGAUUUAUAAUGAACUAAGAUAGUCAAACUUAGAAUAAUAAUAGUAUUUCAAAUAAUAAUAACAAACAUAAAAAAAUUAAUUGAAUCAAUAGCAAUAAUCAUCCUAACAAUAAUAAUAAUAAUAAUAAUAACAAUAACAAUAAUAACAAUAAUAACAAUAAUAAUAAUAACAAUAAUAACAAUAAUAAUAAUAANGAUCCAAUUAUUAUACUCCACUAAGAUAAGUAAAAUCAAAAGGAGACUUAUUGAAUUCUCAUGAGAAGAGUUAAAUAACUUCAGAUGAAGAUUUAAGAAAAUAAAUUAGUCUUUGGCAAUAAAAAUAUGAAGAAUUAUUAAGAGAUAGAUAUUCAAAACCUUAUAUGGUAAAUCCUUAAUAAAAUAGAUCAAUUUAAGAAUUUAUUGCUAUUGAUGAAAAAGUGAAUUGGAAAUCUAAAUAUGACGAAUUAAAAGUUUAAAUUUAAAAUUCAAGUUAAAAUUAAAAUGAAAAUGAAAAAAUAAUUGAAUAAUUAAGAUAAAAAAAUGAGUUACUUGGUUCUUAAUUAUACUAAAUUGAAACGGAUUAUCAAUAAUUAAAAAGUGAAAUAACUAUUUAUUAAAAGAAGUAAGUCAGCGAUGCAACUUAAGCUAAUUUAAAUUUAUAAAGAACUAUUGAUUAAUAGAAUUAAAAAAUUAUUAAUUAGUAAAAUGAAAUAGAUUAAUUGAAGUUAAAACUAAAACAAAUAAUAGAAAAUAAGAAUAAUUAAGAGAAAAAAUCUAAUUAUCAAUAAAAUGAAUACAUAAAACAAUUAGAAGCUGAAAACUUUGAUUAUUCACAAGAAAUAUAAUCUUUACAGAUUGAAAUUAAAAGAUUAUAAGAAAACAGAAAUAUGAUGAAAUACUAAAUGAACGAUUAAGAAAUUAAUUUAUAAUCUGGGCAAAAUUAAAAUUAAAUGGAUUCAAAAUAAUACUAAUAGUAGAUUGAGACGCUACAAAAUGAAGUCAACAUUUAAUAGAAUUAGAUAUUCUAAUUAUAAAAUUAAUUAAAAUAAGCAAAAGUUAAAGAAAUUGAAUUGGAAUAAAAGUAUAAAUAUGCAACUGAAGAUUUAGAGCAUGUUUAAAAGAUUUAUAAUGAACUAAGAUAGUCAAACUUAGAAUAAUAAUAGUAUUUCAAAUAAUAAUAACAAACAUAAAAAAAUUAAUUGAAUCAAUAGCAAUAAUCAUCCUAACAAUAAUAAUAAUAAUAAUAAUAACAAUAACAAUAAUAACAAUAAUAACAAUAAUAAUAAUAACAAUAAUAACAAUAAUAAUAAUAAUAAUAAUAACAAUAAUAACAAUAAUAAUAAUAAAAGUAAUUUAAAUAUGAAUAAUCUAAAAUUGUUGAAUAUUAUACAGAAUAAUAGCCAAUAAAUUAAUCUGAUGAAUAAUAUAGAAAAAUAUUGUAAGAACUUAGUUUGAUUAAAUAAUAGAACUUCUCUUUGUCAGCUCAAUUAUAAGAGGCAACCUAAAAAUAAGUAAAUCUAAUGUAAGAGAUAAAAUAACUUUAAAUUCAAAAUGAGAGAUUAAAUUUAAGCAAUGUUAGAUUAAAUAAUGAGCAAUAGAAAACUACAGAACAAAUUAGUUAAGUAAAUAAGAUAAACGAUUUGUAUAAAGAAUUAUAAAUUGAAAACUAAAAGUUAAGAAGUGAAAUUUCCUAUCUACAAUAAGAAAAAUAAUAAAUGAUUGUUUCAUUUGAAUCAAAAUUAUAAUAAUAUUCAGCAAGUGCUAAUAAUAAAGUGAGAUAAUAAUAAAUUGAAGAUUUAAAAAGGGAAUUAGCUUUAUUAAAGAGAGCAACAUUAAAGUCCUCUGGAAUAGAUAUGGAUGCUGAAAGAUUGAGUUUUUCAACAUAAAUAACUCAAUUAAAGAAAUAACUUGAAUAUGAAUAAAUAAAAAAUAAAGAAUUGCAAUAGAAACUUCAAAAUUCUUCAUAAUAUUAAGUAAUAUAUUUAUUUAUUUUAGUCUGAUUUUGGACUAGUAGAGAGAUUGAACAAAGAGUUGUAAGAUAAAAUUGUUGAACUAAACUAAGUGAAAUCAGAGUAUAGGAAUGCAAUAAAAAUGAUUCAUUAAUUAGAGGAAUAAGUUAUAGAAAGAAUGGAGAAAGAAUAAUACUCUUGAAAUAUAAAUAUUUUUGUAGACUG